AUGGCAAUAGGGACAGAUGGCGUUAUUUCUGCCGAUCUUGCAACAGCAUGGUCUUCGAUGACUGGGAAGGCAUCCGAGAGGGGAACCCUUUGUGUCACUGCCAGGAGAUCUCUCGUCGGCAGAUUGAGGGUGGUCGUGUCUUUGUGUUCCGGUGCGCGAGGAAUGACUCUGCUGGGAAGCCCUUGGACUAGUGACUUGAUCGAUUGGAAGGAGCUAUGUUGGGUCCUGAAGGGACCGAAGCUCAUACAAAACCCCAGUCGCAGUCAUCAUCCACGCCGGCGUAGGCUGGCACACCCCCUCCGCAAAAGCCCCAAUCACAGGCCAAGGCACCCGCAAGGCCAGAACCGGCCAUCCAGCCCACUAUCUCCAAAUCUCCGGGACACUCAAUCUAAGUGCGGCCCCACACGGACGAAUACACCGACACACAUCUCCUCACCGACGAAGAAGACAUCUACUCUCGAAAAGUACCGCGAGUCUCGAGAGACUCAUCCCCCACGCGCCGCCGACAUCGCUGUCAUCGAGACCGGCGAGGCCGUCGGUGUAGCCACAUAUCUUAUCAUGGCGCCGACCAUCUUCGGCCAAGGCACCGGCCCCUUCAAUCGGUACUCGAUGCAGCUCCUAUCCAUGAUUGCGGACGCACUGAGCUCCGGUAUCGUUAGCGGUAUAGAGCAAGGAAACACCGUAUGGAGCCAUGUUCACAUCAGAGACCUGGUCGGCUUGUUUAUCGUGUUACUAAAGCAGAUCUGCACUGGUGCUACGAUCCCAUCGGGCAGGAAGGGCAUCUACUUCUGCGAAACAGGCGAGCAUACGCACCGAGAGUUCUCGAAGCGUUUGGCUACUGCUGCUUAUGAGCUGGGUGUAUUGCCCUCCUCCCAUGUGAAGGAGAUUAGUCUCGAGGAAGCGGCAGAGAAGUUGGUGUUUGGCGGUGUCUCUACAGCUGAGCUGGGGUAUGCUUCUAACGCUCGGACGAAGGCUAUACUAAGCCGCAAAUUGGGUUGGAUGUCCUUGCAUGGCGAUGAUUGGGAAGCCACUUUCCGUGAUGAAGUCAGCGUGUUCAUCAAGAGUCCUCCGGCUGAGCGUGAUAUCCCGGAGUUUCUGAGGAAACACUAG